CUGAGUGCUGACUAAACCGAUGGAGUAACCAACGAACUAUCCACCCUGAGACGAUCAUCUCAUUAUUGCUUGCAUUCUGUUCGUAAUCCCUUCGCUCGGUCUAGCCUCUUCGGGGCUCUCUUUAAGGUGACAUCCUGGAACCACCCGGAGAACCGCGGAUAUCAACGCGGCAAGGAUGCUUCGUCACCGGCGGCAGGUGUGAAGAGAUGGCGGGGGAACCGCCGGCAGGCACCGGCCGAGUGGUUCUUGUCAAGAAGAUCGUCAUGAAGGACGGGGCCGCGCUUCAACAGGGUAUCGGCCGACCAAGUGUGUACCAUGCAGUUGUGGUCAUCUUCCUUGAGUUCUUUGCCUGGGGUUUACUGACCACACCCAUGCUCACGGUGUUACAUGAAACAUUUCCACAGCACACGUUCCUGAUGAAUGGACUCAUUCAAGGCGUGAAGGGUCUUUUAUCAUUCAUGUCUGCCCCUCUGAUUGGUGCUUUGUCUGAUGUGUGGGGGAGGCGUUCGUUCCUGUUGGUCACUGUCUUCUUCACCUGUGCCCCAAUCCCUCUCAUGAGACUCAGCCCUUGGUGGUACUUUGCCAUGAUCUCCAUGUCAGGAGCGUUCUCUGUCACCUUCUCUGUCAUUUUUGCGUAUGUUGCUGAUGUGACAGAUGAAAGAGAGCGGAGUACAGCUUAUGGUCUGGUGUCUGCUACGUUUGCAGCUAGCCUGGUGACAAGUCCAGCAAUUGGGGCAUAUUUGUCAGCAUGGUAUGGGGACAACCUGGUGGUUCUGGUGGCUACACUGAUCGCCCUCGUCGACAUCUGCUUCAUCCUGCUUGCUGUGCCUGAGUCUCUGCCGGACAAAAUGAGGCUAAAUACCUGGGGUGCACCAAUAUCCUGGGAACAAGCGGACCCCUUCGCUUCUCUGAGGAAGGUUGGUCAGGACCCCACAGUCCUACUCAUAUGUAUCACAGUGUUCCUGUCAUACUUACCAGAGGCUGGACAGUACUCCAGCUUCUUCCUCUACCUGCGACAGGUCGUCAAUUUCUCCUCUACAACAAUUGCUGUUUUUAUUGGAGUUGUAGGAAUUCUCUCCAUUGUUGCACAGACUCUUGUGCUCACACUGCUUAUGAGGACUCUUGGUAAUAAGAACACAGUUCUGUUGGGUCUGGGCUUCCAGAUUCUUCAACUGGCCUGGUAUGGCUUUGGAUCAGAGCCUUGGAUGAUGUGGGCAGCUGGUGCUGUUGCAGCCAUGUCAUCUAUAACCUUCCCUGCAGUCUCAGCUUUGGUGUCACAAUCUGCUGAUCCAGAUAAGCAAGGUGUGGCGCAAGGAAUGAUCACGGGUAUCCGAGGUCUGUGUAACGGGUUAGGUCCAGCUCUGUAUGGAUUUAUCUUCUUUCUCUUCAACGUGGAGCUCAACACUAUGGACCCCAUCGAGGGAGACUUUGACCCCCUGCCUCUUCACAGUCCCACUGAGCAAACGCUCAUCCCUGGCCCACCUUUCCUUUUGGGGUCAUGUACAGUGAUUGUCGCCUUCCUCGUUGCUCUCUUCAUCCCAGAAAAAGCAUCUUCCGCCUCUUCAUCAUCCCAGCUGCCUCUCAGUGACAAGCCUCGGCCAACAAGCAAAGAGUCGCUGUCGUCCCUGGCAGGCAUCCACAUUAACACACCUCUACCAGGCAGCGACGAAGAAACUCCUCCCACCACCAGUGAUGAGGAUUUUGAACCUCUGCUGCAGGACAGUAUUGUUUGAAGGACCACUGAUAGGACCAAAGCUUGUGGGAUUCACAUUGUAAUUUGAUUGUUUGGCAUUUUGUUUGAAGCAAGAGCACAUUUCCAUUGCUGCUGUGAGGGUAAAAGUACAGUAUCUUGAUAGUCUGAAGUUUGUGACUGGCAGUAAGAUCCUCCAAUUGCAUUGAUGCUUUGCCAGUGGGCGGGACAAGCAAUUCACUGGACUGACCAGCAGAGGCAGCAGUUGGUUUAACAGAGUGGCACGCGCAAAGUGCUCCAAAUGUGAGCCUAAUGUGAAAGUAUGUGAUUGGUAAAAUUAAGUUGUGACCAACACGGAUCACACUGAUAAUGACACCAGCUUUUGAUUUGAUUGAAAGGAGAAUCAUAUAUAUUUUGGUUUUCCUAAGAGUUUUCUUGAAAGUAAAUAGUGUCUCACUCUUGGUGAGUACCCAGCUGAACUGAAAGUCUUUAGGGUGGAACUGUUGUAUAUCUUUAUGCCUAAAAUAGAAGAUUUUUUCAAUUCAAGGAAGUUAUCAUAUUCAGCUUCAUCUUAAAGCUGAAUUGUACUGAUGUUCAUUUUUUAAUGGGUAUUGUUGUUAUAGAAACAUGUCUGCAACAUAUUUACAGCUGAUAAUGUAUCAGUGGUGGUUUGUAAAUUUCUACUUGGUAAGAAAGAACAAAAUAUGAGAACCUACUAUAAUAUCCUGGAAGAUAAUUGAGCCACAUCAAAUCUUGAAUUUCAAGAUGUAUUUUUAAAUACCUAAUUCCAUCAAUCUGUCCAUUUGUCUUCUUCCACUGCUCUGUGGUUUGAUCAUUUGGACAACUGCUUAAGCAGUGAACCUCAGACUUGUUUUGCCACUUUGUCCAUCUCUUCCAUGAGAUCCUGAGACAUCUCCAGGGCAGCUGAGAGACAUUGUGAACUUUACUCUGUGCACCUCCAGGGUUGCUUAAUUUCUCCUAGAGUAUUAUUUAGGGGUAGUUAAACCCUAUGGAGCAAUCUCAUUCUAGCAGCUGUUUGUGAUUUUGUUUGGUUUUUCUACUAUCUACAUCUUGUGCCCGAAGUUGAGGAUAGAAACAUAGAUGGACUGGUAAAUUGAGAAUCACCUUGCCACAGCUCGCCCUUCAUUUCGACAUACCGAUGCAAAGUACGCAUCACUGUCAAUCUCUCGCUAAAAAAACUCCUCAUGCGAGCAAGACCCCAAGAUACUCGGACUCUUACACCUGGGGCAGGUGCUCGUCCCCAUCCCGGGGAGGGACUGAAGCCUUUUCUAACUGAGGAACAUAGUUUCAGAUUUUGAGGUGCUGAUUCUAAUACCAACCGCUUCAUACUCUGAUGUAAACUACUUCACAAAGAGUGGAAGAUAGCUACUUGAACAAAACGAAAUCAUCUGCAGAGGACCCCAGUUCGGAAGACCUCAAAGCCUCAGCAGCGUCUGACCCUAAAGAUAAUAAGUGACAAAGGACAACCUUGUCAGAGUCCAAUCCUCACCGGAAACAAAUCCGGUUUUCCUGCCAACAAUGUGAUCCAAACUGUGGCAGCGCUCGUGUACAGACUGAAAGGUCCAUAUCACGAAGCACCCUUCACAGGACAGGCUAGUUGAUAAUCUGGGGAUUAUAGCCAUGACAGGCACAGACCACUUAAUAUUUAUCUUUAGAAAAUAUUGAAAAGCUAGUUAAACUCAAAAUCGGGCAAUAGCAUAGCAUCUUCCGAUAAUUUAAAUCAUCAUACUACCUCAGAUCACACUCAACCUCUUAUCAUCUCUUAGAUUUGUUUUAUAAUAUCUAAACUUGUAGUCUUAAAGUACUUCUGAGUACAUUUAUUAGACAUUAUUGUUGCAAACAUUCUGGUGCUAAUUCAGCAGUAGAUGACAUUCUUAAUCAUACAAUAUUACCAUGUUACAAAUGUAUUCUCAAAAUAACACAAGUUGUGGUAUCAUUAGUGAAUGUGCUCCCACUUUUUCUUUUUCCUCACCAGUGUUCUCCUCCCUACCUAUGUAUGUGUGUUAUGCUUCACGCAAAAGCAAUCUUUGUCACUUUAAGAUGAAACUUGCAGGUAAUGCAAUGCAGGUAUAAUGCUUGUGCUUCAUGAAAGCUUUCAAGAAGAAAAAAUGAGGAAGGAAUGUCCAAGAAUUUGUCUGUAGAAAAGUGGCACAGUGUAAAAGUGUUUGCUUUAUGACCUAAAAAUGUAACUGAACAUGACAAUGAUUCAUAUGGCUAAUUUAAGAUUUUCUGUUAAUUAACUCACUGGAACAAUAUGAACUGCGAUUAACCUUUGCUUUUGACACUGAGAGUUAAAAAUACAGGAAAUCUGUAACCUGAAGAUAGAAUUUUUGAUUAAAUUAAACCGAUAUUUUCUUUUUUCCUGCAGUCAUCGAAUCAAUACUCAACUGGCUCAUACAGGACUAGCUUGUUUUCACCAUCAAUAUUCUCGUGGAAUCAUCACUUUGAAAAACCAUUAAUUGUAACAAACUGCCACAAAACCAUUGCCCUCACCAUUGAUAUUUUGUCAUAUACAGUGUGUGGCAUUUAAAAAAUAAGACAACUGUCGAUAAUGUUUCCCCCCCCCAAGCUCUUAUCACAAGAUGCAAAUGUGCACAACAUUAACUGAUUGUUAACCAUUUUAAUGCGAGCUCUACAUCAGUCAUAGUGUCUCUGCACUGUAAAUACUGUACAUGAAUUCAAAUGUUUGCGAUUCAACUAACUGUACAUGCCAUUUACUGUAAAAUGUCGGCUCUAAAUGUUUUCA